ACUGGAGUUUAGAGAGAAACGACACGGAUCUGAUCGGAGAGUCACGGGUACCGAGGCAACAGGCGCCGCUCCCGCGCUCAGCGGCUCUUAUUUAUAUCACAGUCCAGUGAAAUGAGGGCAACAUGGGGGCCAAAGAGUCACGGAUAGGCUUCCUUUCUUACGACGAGGCCGUCAAAAGAGUUACCGAUGUGGAACUCAAAAGGCUGAAAGAUGCCUUUAAAAGGACCAGCGGAUUGUCCGCCUACAUGACACAGCAGUGCUUCUUCAGGGAGGUGCUGGGAGACGGCGUUCCUCCGAAGGUCGCAGAGGUGAUCUACAACUCAUUUGGAGGCACACCAAAAGGGCUACACUUCAACAACCUCAUAGUGGGCCUGGUUCUAUUGACAAGAGGACGAGAUGAGGAAAAAGCCAAAUACAUCUUUAGUCUGUUCGCCAACGACUCGGGCAGCUAUGUGGUGCGAGAGGAGGUGGAGAACAUGCUUCGCUUGGUGGACGGGGAAGUGCCGCCCUCGCUGAAGAAGUGCUUCUUGGAGGGUGAGAAGGUAAAUUAUGAAAAGUUUAAGAGUUGGCUCCUGCAGAACAAAGAAGCUUUCACGUUCUCCCGCUGGCUGCUCUCGGGUGGCGUGUGCGUCACCCUGACCGACGACAGUGACACGCCCACCUUCUACCAGACGCUGGCUGGAGUCACACAUUUAGAAGAAUCGGAUAUUAUUGACUUGGAGAAGCGCUACUGGCUUCUAAAGGCCCAGUCAAGGACCGGCCGCUUUGAUUUGGAAACCUUUGUCCCUCUGGUCUCACCCCCUAUUCAUGCAUCACUAAGUGAAGGCUUGUUUCAUGCCUUUGAUGAGAAUCGGGACAAUCACAUUGACUUUAAGGAGAUAUCCUGUGGGCUCUCAGCAUGCUGUCGAGGCCCUGUGGCUGAAAGACAGAAAUUUUGUUUCAAAGUAUUUGAUGUAGAUCGGGAUGGAGUUCUGUCUCGACACGAGGUGCAUGAGAUGGUGGUGGCCCUGCUGGAAGUGUGGAAGGACAACCGCACCGACACCCUGCCCGAAUUGCAUUCCAAUGUUUCUGACAUCGUAGAAGAUAUCCUGAAGAUGCAUGACACUACAAAACAGGGGCACCUAACACUAGAGGACUAUCAGAUAUGGAGUGUGAAGAGUGCCCUUGCCAACGAGUUCCUCAACCUGCUUUUUCAGGUGUGCCACAUAGUCCUGGGUUUACAGCCUGCUGCUCCCGAGGAGGAGGGCCAGAUCAUCAGGGGAUGGCUGGAGAGAGAGAGCAGGCAUGGACUGCAGCCAGGCCAGAACUGGUUCCUCAUCUCCAUGCAGUGGUGGCAGCUGUGGAAAGACUAUGUAAAAUAUAACAAUAAAUCCAUCGUGGUGGAACAGCCUGGUAUGCAUGGCAAUGGCAGGAGGAGUCCCCAGUCCACCACAGCUGCUGACCCAGCCAUGGCCAAAUCUGGAGCGGUGGCUCGCUCACUCAGCUCACCAGGAGACAAAUCUCCAGACAGAACCUGGGAGGCCUCAGAGAACACCACUACCAGUCACAUGCCACAUGUGAGCUCCUCUGCCACAGACAUCUGCUUCGCUCGGCAGCACAAUGUUUUGGACAACAACAACCAGUGUUUCUCUUCCGCCAAUGGCCACCUGCCCAACCACCUGGCUGCACAGAGGCCAGGCGCCAUUGACAACCAGCCCUUAGUCACCACUGAUCCCAUGAAGGCACCCACGUUAACAAUGGAGGGUGGGCGACUGAAGAGGUCUUUGCACUUGAUGGCUGGCCGAGACUUUGAGACAGUACCAGAGCCGGUAUGGCGGGCGCUUUACCACUGGUAUGGAGCAAAUCUCAGCCUGCCAAGACCGGUAAUCAAGUCUGUUGUCACAGACCAGACAGAGCUGGAGCUUUUCCCUCGCUACCUGCUUUUCCUGCGGCAGCAACCAGCAACGCGCACCCCCCAGUCCAACAUUUGGGUUAACAUGGGUAUGACCAGCCUGCGAAUGUUCCCUCCACACUUUCCCCGAGGCAAUGUGCCAUCUCCUAAUGCUCCUUUGAAGCGCGUGCUGGCCUACACAGGUUGCUUUAGCCGCAUGAGCACCAUUAAGGACAUCCAUGAGUAUCUGUCUCAGAGGUUACGCAUCAAAGAGGAGGACAUGCGUCUCUGGCUCUACAACAGUGAGAAUGACCUCACUCUUCUCGAUGAUGAAGAUCACACGUUAGAAAGUUUGAAAAUUCAAGACGAGCAGCAUUUGGUGAUUGAGGUUCGAAAUAAAGAUAUGAGCUGGCCCGAGGAAAUGUCGUUCAUCGCAAACAGCAGCAAAAUCGACAGACACAAAGUCCCUACAGAGAAAGGUGCUACAGGCCUGAGUAACCUGGGAAAUACGUGCUUUAUGAACUCCAGUAUUCAGUGUGUGAGCAACACUAAGCCCCUCACAGACUACUUCCUCUCAGGAAGACACCUCUAUGAGCUCAACAGAACUAAUCCCAUUGGAAUGCGAGGUCAUAUGGCCAAAUGCUAUGGAGAUUUGGUACAGGAGCUCUGGAGUGGAACACAAAAGAACGUGGCACCUCUGAAGCUCAGGUGGACGAUAGCAAAGUACGCACCAAGAUUCAAUGGCUUCCAGCAACAGGACUCUCAGGAACUGUUGGCGUUCUUGUUGGAUGGGCUCCAUGAGGAUCUGAAUCGGGUCCACGAAAAGCCUUAUGUGGAGCUGAAAGACAGCGAUGGGCGGCCAGACGCUGAAGUGGCCACGGAGGCCUGGGAGAACCAUUUGAGAAGAAACCGUUCCAUUGUGGUGGACCUGUUCCAUGGCCAGCUCAAGUCCCAAGUCAAGUGCAAGACGUGCGGCCACAUCAGUGCCCGUUUUGACCCCUUUAAUUUCCUGUCUUUACCUCUUCCCAUGGACAGCUCAAUGCACUUAGAGAUCACAGUCAUUAAACUGGACGGCUCCACUCCAGUACGCUACGGCCUUCGUUUGAACAUGGAUGAGAAGUACACGGGCCUGAAGAAGCAGCUCAGUGAAUUGUGCAGCCUGAAGCCAGAGCAGAUCCUCCUGGCUGAGGUCCACUCAUCCAACAUUAAGAACUUUCCUCAAGACAACCAGAAGGUGCGUCUGUCUGUGAAUGGCUUCCUGUGUGCUUUUGAGAUUCCUGUGCCUGGUUCUCCCACUUCAGUCUCCUCUCCUGCACCUACAGACACUACACUAAUGGCCAACGGCACUGCUGGGAACGGUCAUGCCGAGAAACCUGGCCUGAUUCCAAAUGGCACGGCUGGUACACCCGUGCGCAGUGGCUCUGAGAAAAACUUGGCCAACGGUAUGCCCAGCACAGUGGUGCCUUCUGCGUCAGACAGGAGCCUCACCAACGGCAUCCCCAACGGCCACAUCACACCAGUUCAGGACAGCCCCUUCAUUGGCUACAUCAUAGCCAUGCACAGAAAAAUGAUGCGGACGGAGCUGUACUUCCUCUCGUCUCAGAAGAACAGGCCCAGUCUAUUUGGCAUGCCGCUCAUUGUGCCUUGCACAGUGCACACCAGUAAAAAAGACUUGUAUGAUGCAGUGUGGAUCCAAGUGUCCCGUCUGGCCAGCCCUCUACCCCCUCAGGAGGCCAGCAACCAUGCACAAGACUGUGAUGACAGCAUGGGUUACCAGUACCCUUUCACCCUGCGGGUAGUGCAGAAAGAUGGCCACUCCUGUGCCUGGUGCCCGUGGUACAGGUUCUGCAGAGGCUGCACAGUGGAGUGUAACGAGGACAGGGCAGCUCUAGGGAAUGCCUACAUUGCUGUGGACUGGGACCCCACUGCCCUGCACCUCCGCUACCAGACCUCCCAGGAAAGGAUAGUGGAGGAGCAUGCCAGUGUGGAGCAGAGUCGGCGUGCCCAAGCGGAGCCCAUUAGUCUGGACAGCUGUCUGAAAGCUUUCACCAGUGAGGAGGAGCUGGGUGAGGAUGAGCUCUACUACUGCUCCAAGUGCAAAACCCACCGCCUGGCCACCAAGAAACUGGACCUCUGGAGACUUCCACCUAUACUGAUUGUUCACCUGAAACGGUUCCAGUUUGUGAAUGGGCGCUGGAUCAAAUCUCAGAAGAUAGUGAAGUUUCCACGUAUGGGCUUUGAUCCCAGUGCGUUUCUGGCCCCGCGCGAGGCAGCCCAAUGCACAUGGAGCCUGCAGAGCCAGAGCGAGUGCCUGGUGGAGGAGCUCCAGAGGCUGGACAGAGGAGACUCCUCAGUGUCUUCCAUCUCCACCACCACCGUUGCAAGUCCACCCAUAUCGGGCAGAGGCACUCCAAGUUCGAUCAGGAGAGUGAGCAGUCCCUUGAGCAGAAGCAGUAGCCCGAGCAACAGCCCUAAAAGCGCAGGACGCAAGCAGGGCCGACUGCGUCUGCCUCAACUGGGCAGCAGGCACUGGCUCUCCAACAGCAAAGAGAACUUGGACAGCAGCAGCAACAGCAGCUGUAAAGAGAGCGGGCUGGAGCCAGAGCCCAGCACCAUGACCGAGGUGGAGCCUCUGGGGCCAGGGACCCAUACAGAGUCCAACACUCAAGACUCCUGGUCAGUGGAUGCAUCCAGUACUGACUGUGAUAUCAUCAUGGUUAAUGGGCUGGGCCAGGAGAGCAGCCAAAGCAACGGGCACUCUGAGGCCAGCACAGAGCUGGACAACUCUUCUCACCAAAGGGAUGAAAUCUGCCUGGAGCCCAUAUACAAUUUAUAUGCAAUCUCAUGCCAUUCAGGAAUAAUGGGAGGGGGUCACUAUGUGACCUAUGCUAAAAACCCCAAUGAGAAGUGGUACUGUUACAAUGACAGCAGCUGCAAGGAGGUUCACUCAGAAGAGGUCGAAGCAGAUUCAGCAUACAUUCUCUUCUAUGAGCAACAAGGAGUGGACUACUCUCAAUUUCUGCCCAAGACUGACGGCAAAAAAAUGGCAGACACUACUAGCAUGGAUGAAGACUUUGAGUCAGACUAUAAGAAGUACUGUGUGCUUCAGUGAACCCAUGCUCUUCCACGCUAAAGGCACUUAGUAAGUUUUGUCAGUAUCUUCCCCUGUGCAAUGAAGACUGUAACAGCAGUGUGGCCAAGCUGACACUGCUCAGUCGAAACUGAGGAGCAACAAUUACUCUGAAGCACAAAGAACAGUUCACCGCCGAAGAGGCUCCACUGCUGCCCCCUGUUUCUGAAAAUUCUGAAGACAGGUACUUUACUGCUGGUUUGAAUGUGUUGCGCCAGCGAGUGGCGGAGUGCAUUUGAGAAAAAGUGAAUGAGGUAGAAAAAUAGAACUGUUAAGAUGGUUGUUGCCAAGUGAACAAAAUAUCCAUUCCCUUGAAGUUGAUUUAACUGGACACACUCUUAACACUGCGAAACCCCAAGUCUGCAGAAUCACAUACAUACACAUGAUAUU